AAACUGGGAAGAGGGGAAGGGAAAGUCGGAAGUGCGCAAUUUUGGAUCUUUAAACUCGAAGAAGGAGAAAGAAAUCAGAGCAAGCAAUCUUCAAUGGCCAAUAAGCCUUUGGGAUCGACGGGAGAGUUCUUCAGGAGGAGAGAUGAAUGGAGGAAGCAUCCCAUGCUUUCCAAUCAGUUCCGUCACGCCACUCCUGGCCUCGGCAUCGCCCUCGUUGCUUUCGGCAUCUACCUUGUCGGCGAGCAAGUUUACAACAGGAUCAAUUCUCCUUCUUCUUCUCACCACCACCAUUCCAAUGCAUCCUCCGCCACCCAUUAACUUCUACCGAUGCAUUCCUGCUAGGUGAAUCCAAGCUUGGAGUUCUAUAGCACUCGUUCUCUUUUACUUUUACUUUUACUUUUUUUAUGUGCAAUAAAAGUAAAACUUUUGCUGGACGAAGCUUGUGAAUGUAUUUGAUGAAGUUGGGAUUGAAAUUUCCAUCACUAACUGAAAUGUUUAAUUUUACAAUCUAGUGGUUCAAGCAAUUCCUUUUGCUCAUGGCCAGUGAUGAGGUUUCCUUUUAUUUCCUUUUAUUAAAUAUGAUUUUAAGUUUAUGUUCCUUGCC